AUGGCUUCGAUGAUAGCCCCCAACAGAAUUGUCGGAGUGCUGAGAAGAUCGCACCCCGUAUCGUCACUGGCCCACCUACCCACACAGACUCGGAGCGCCACAACUGCCUGCCUCGUCAGGACGAACAUCAGUAGCAGCCGGUUGCAAGCAGCACGAAGACAAACGUCUUAUUUCACCACAAGCAGCGACCAAGCAGGCCCCAACACAACCCGCCCACGCCGCAGAGGCUUCUUCACUAGAUUCUUGAUAUUCAGCGGAGUAGCAUUCGGCUCCUUCGUCGUCACCCUGUACUUCAAGAUGGCGGAAAUCAGUAGAACGGUCGACGAUGCGGCAAGAACAUACAAGCCUGAGACCCCCGAGGCGCAGGCCAUGGAGGACUACAUCAACAAGCACCCACUGGUGCAGGAGCUACGGGCGAACCCGGAGAUGACCGAGUCGCGGCCGCACCUCAAGCUCCCCCCCGAGUGGCGCGCCCACAGCCUGACGGCUGGUACGCUGAUGGGGCCGUCCCUGGUCGGCGUGCCGCCCUUUGACUGGACCGAGACGGACGGCAAGUCGUACGUGCAGAUUGCCCAUCUCGGCGAGGACCUCUGCGGCCACCCGGAAAUCGUCCACGGCGGCUUCCUCGCCACCAUGCUGGACGAGGGUCUGGCCCGGUGCUGCUUCCCCGCCCUGCCGCACAGGAUCGGGCUCACGGCGAACCUCAACAUCGACUACCGCUCGCCCUGCAAGGCGAACCAGUACAUCGUGCUGCGCGCCAACACGGUCAAGGUGGAGGGCCGCAAGGCGUGGGUUGAGGGCAGGUUAGAGACCCUGGUCGAGCCGGGCGAGACCCCGUUGGUUUUGGCCGAGGCCAAGGCGCUGUUUGUGUCCCCCAAGGGAGCGGCGAAAACCAUGGCAACCAACAUCACCUGGCACAACGGCCUGACGCGCCGCGAGCGUAACCAGCUGCGCGGCCAGCGCGGCUUCACAAUCUGGUUCACGGGGCUGUCGGCGUCGGGCAAGUCGACGGUGGCGACGGCGCUGGAGCAGCACCUGCUGCACCUGGGCCUGGCGGCGUACCGGCUCGACGGCGACAACGUGCGGUUCGGGCUCAACAAGGACCUGGGCUUCUCGGAAAAGGACCGCAACGAAAACAUCCGCCGGAUCGCCGAGGUGGCCAAGCUGUUUGCCGACAGCUCCGUCGUGGCGCUGACGUCCUUCAUCUCGCCGUACCGCGCCGACAGGCAGACGGCCAGGGAGCUGCACGCCCAGGCCGCGCAAAAGGGCGACGAGCCGCUCGAGUUCGUCGAGGUCUACGUCGACAUCCCCAUCGAGGUCGCUGAGCAGCGCGACCCCAAGGGUCUGUACAAGAAGGCCCGCGCCGGAGAAAUCAAGGAGUUCACCGGCAUCUCGGCCCCGUACGAGGCACCAGAGAACCCUGAAAUCACCAUCAAGACCCAUGAGAACUCGGUUGAGGAGUGUGUCGCUCAGAUUGUCAAGUGGCUGCAGGACAAGGGCCUGAUCAAGACCAACCCGUGA